UCUGAGGUUGGACCUUCCGGGUUGUCAGGUUGUUAUUCCAGCUAUGGCGGCUGUGCCAGCUCAUUCGCUCCGGAUCUCGGAAAUCGGAGACCCGACUGCCCUGUUUGAGCGUUACAGUGCCGAUGAGAUUCGAGGUAUAGAGCGCAGGGUGCGGGGCGAGAUCGAGCAGAAAAAAGAGGAGUUGCGGCAGAUGGUCGGAGAGCGCUACCGGGACUUGAUCGAGGCCGCGGAUACGAUAGGCGAGAUGCGGCAGUGCUCGGAGAGCGUCGUGCAGUCGAUUCAAGACAUGCAUCGCUACUGUCACCAACUCAAACAAGGAAAAAAUCCGUCUCUGCCUGUCAGCAGGUUGGAAAGCCAGCGCCAGUCUCAGGAGAAGUUUUACAGCAUGGCUGCCCAGAUCAAGCUGCUGCUGGAAAUCCCGGAGCGGAUCUGGAGUGCGAUGGAGUCUUCCCAGUACCUCCACGCCACCCGGCUCUACCUGCUCUGCUGCCACCUGCACAGCCUGCUGCAGCUGGGGGGUGGAGGGCCGAACUACAGCCCAGUGCUGGCCCGCUUUCCCAUCCUGGUGCGCCAGGUGGCUGCUGCUGGACACUUCAGGUCCACCAUCUUGCUGGAGAGUAAAUCUCUCCUGAAGGGCCAAGUGGUUUCAGACCAGGCCAUUGCAGAAGCCCUGGUGUCCACCAUGCUCCUAGAGGACAGCUCACCGCGGCAAGCCCUUGCUGACUUCCUGUUGGCCAGGAAGGCCUCCAUCCAGCAACUGCUCAACCAGCCCCAGCAUGGUGCUGGUAUCAAGGCUCAGGUAUGUUCUCUGGUGGAGCUGAUGGCCACUACACUGUACCAGGCCUACGCCGUGUUUUGUACUCCUCCUGAGGGUAAGCCAAUGGAGCCGCCCCUGAGCUGCGGCCUGCUGUUCGCCACACUGGAGACUGUGACCGGAACUGCACCCGCUGGGAAAGAGAAGAAGGUCCUGCAGGGAGAGAUGAGCUCAGGCAGCUGGUUCAAGUACCUUCCGUCCUCUGUGACCGACUUCCAGCCGACCCUGCGGACCCUGGCUCAGCCCAUCCAGCCUGAGCAUCUCAGAGACACGCUGCGGCAGUGGAUGGACACGUGUAAAGAGGAUAUCUGCAGUGGAAUCAGCGGCCUGCUGGUCUACGUGAAGAGCCUGAAGGGCCUGGCAGCAAUCCGGGAUGCUGUGUGGGAGCUGCUGACCAGUGACGCCAUCAGCCAGCACUGGAGCGUCAUUUGUCAGCGGCUCUUGGAGCGCCCCCUGUCCUUCUGGGAGGAUUUCCUCCAGCAGCUCUUCCUCCAGCGCCUGCAGGCUCUUACUCAAGAAGGAAUGGAGGAGAUCUCGAGCAGCUCCAGAAUCCUGUUGACCUCAUCCCUGCGGGAACUGGAAGGGCAGUCAGGUUCCGGGGGCCCCAGCAGGGCGACGCAGUUUGAGGGUGACGUAGCCUCCUUUCUAUGGUCCGAAUCGCCCAACGACCUGCUGAGUGACGCGGCCUGGGUGAGCGUGUCAGGCCGCAGCCCCCUGCUGAAGAGUGGCCUGUCUAUGAAGACCCAGGCCUUGACCCCCUGCGUCCAGAACUUCUGCUCCUCCCUGGACUCAAAGCUCAAAAUCAGGCUGGAGGACCUUCUCUCCUACUUGCCCUCUGAGCAGACCACCAAGGAGUCUGCCGAACCUCUUCCUGUCGCGUCCUCCUCCUUUGACCGCUUCACUGAUGCCAGCACUGUGGAAGAAACCGUGCGAGAGCACUGCCUGGCCUGCGUGCGCAAUAUCUUGUCUUCCGUGCGCUCCGAGCUGAAGGCUGUGCAGGACAAGUUACUCAGCUCUGGCCGUGCAGGAAACAGCUGCCUCAGUUCAGUGCUCUUCAUGGCAAGACUCUGUCAGUCCAUGAGCGAGCUCUGCCCCAGCCUGAAGCAGUGCAUUCUGGGGAAGCAGGGUGGCCCAGAUCACAUGGUGAAGGACACUUCCCGUCAGGGCAGGAAGCUGGGCAAAGGCGCCAAAGCGCCAGAGAUUAGCCCUGCACAGGCCAGGUGGGCGGAUCUGAGGGAGGAGCUUCUAUUAUGCAGCAUGGAAGCUUACCGGAUCUGGAGCUCCGCCCUCACCGAGGCUCUGGUCCAAAACUUUGCUGGCAGACUUCACUCGAGCUCCGCAGGCUCCAUCCUGGAAACAGCAACCAACUGGGAGGAGCUGGAAAUUCAGGAAGAGACUGAAUCAGGGAGCAAAGUGACCUCCAAAAUCCGUCUUCCCGUUCAGCCCUCAUGGUAUGUGCAGACUCUUCUCUUCCAUCUGUGCCUAGAGGUCAACAGGAUUGGAGGUCACGCACUGCCAAAGGUCACCCUACAGGAGCUGCUGAAGGGCUGCCUGGAUCGGGUCAUCACCGAGUACGAGAAGCUGGCUUUGGAAAAGCACAACAAGGACCCUGCCUUCCUCAUGACCCAGAACCGGGCCUUGCAGCUGCUAUUUGACCUGCGCUACCUGUCAGUGACUCUCAGCGCCAGGCAAGAAGAGGGAAAGGCCUCUCGUUCCCACCAAGAUCCCAGGAUCCAGCAGGUCUGUGAUUGCCUGGAGGGCCACAUUGAUCCUUUUGACUUGGAUGUCUUCACCCCCCCACUCAACACUAACCUGACCCGUCUCGUCCAGAGGACCUCUGUGCUGCUAGGGCUAUUGACAGGCACAGAGAAGCAGUUCAGCUCCAGGGGGCCCAGUGUUGGCACUCAGGAGCCAUACAACAUCCUGCCCCUCGCCAGCAGUCAGAUCCGGUUCGGACUCCUGCCCUUGAGCAUGUCCACUUCCCGGAAGUCCUCCAAGCCUGCAUCCCGGGGCUCUGAAAUCUCCAGGACCCAGGUUGUCCCUGCGUCCUCUGCCCUACCAGGAGAAACGUUCCGACCUGGAAACUUGUUCAGACAGCUGGCGUCUCAGGAGGAGGAGCCCACAGGCCCCUCCCUCUUCAAACUGGGCUGGCUCUCCAGCAUGGCCAAGUGAAGCUUUUAGAAGAUUUUUAACGUGUAUAAAGUUAAUAAAAAAUAAAUAUAUAUAUAGUUGUAUUACUAAA